UUACAUAGUACUUCAUUAAAAAUGUUAUGUCAACCGUUCCUACGCCGAUUUCCUGUGUAUUAAUUUCCUAAUAAUUCUUAAACAUCAUUAUCUUUUGCAUAUAUUUAAUUAAAUGUUCAGUAUUUUUAUUCCGGUCUUUGUAGCGGUAUAAUUAGAUUACAAUGAUCAAAAUCAGUCGGAAUCAACCACAAGUGUAAACAGUGGUACAUGGAUUCGUACGGCGGUGUUUAGCGAUGCCAAUCGCAUAUAGAAUUUGCAUCAAUAUAAUGAGCACAUGGAAAUUGUUACAGCGUCGAUGUUACGAUCUACUCUCGUACAAAUAUUCGUUGCUGGUGAUAUUGAUGGCAUUUACUUGUAUUUUUAUCGGCAUUAUUCAUUUCGGAGAGAUUUGGGUAGCUUGGAGUAAAGAAAAAUAUGAAGCAGUCUUUCAUUCUUUUAACGAUAAUAUAUUAGGUAUUUCAUUUCAAAGGAAAUUAUGUCAACAUGUUCCAAUAGAUGUUGUAUAUACAUGGGUCAAUGGUUCUGAUCCAAUUUUCUUAAAGAAUCUUAAAGAACAUGUUCCUAUUUUGGAUGUUAAUACUGCAGCUUCUAGGUUUAGUGAUAAAGAUGAAUUAAGAUAUUCUUUACGCUCAUUGGAAAUGUAUGCACCAUGGGUUAGACAUGUAUACAUUGUUACCAAUGGCCAAAUACCAAGUUGGUUGGAUAUGGAUAAUCCUAGAGUUACUCUUGUUACUCAUGAAGACAUUUUUUUAAAUAAAAGUGAUCUACCAACAUUUUCUAGUCCUGCUAUUGAAAGUCAUAUUCAUAGAAUUCCUGGAAUUUCAGAUAAGUUUUUAUAUUUCAAUGAUGAUGUAAUGCUAGGAGCUGAAGUGUGGCCAGAAGAUUUUAUUACUCAAGCAGGAGGCCAGAAAGUGUAUCUUGCAUGGUGGAUUCCUGACUGUUCAGAUGUUUGUCCUUGGGCUUGGGUAGGAGAUGGGUCAUGCGAUCCUGCGUGUAAUACAACAUUGUGUGAAUUUGAUGGUGGAGAUUGUGAUAGUACACCAGUUCCUACAGAUAGUGAAGCUCUUGAUGAAGAAGGGGACUAUCCACAAAAGUUUUUACAGGAUACCCAAGAUACUGCUAAUUAUGGAUUAAAAUUUUUAAAUAUGUUAAGAAGCAGAAGCAAUUCUCUGUGGAACAGUACAGAUCUACUUAUCCAACAAACGUUGCCAAAUAACACUAUACACACAAAGCUCAAUAUAAAUAAGUCUUAUGAUUUUAAUGUCAAUAGACACAUGAAUAAUACUGAAAAGUUUUCUAACAUGCAUGAAAGUGACCAAACUAUGUCUACCGAAAAGUCAAUGUUAUCAAAUAUAAUAAAUAAGAUGAAAUCUCAAAACUCGAAUCUUACCGAGAGACGUAUGCAAUUGAAACGUUAUUUAAACGAUGAUAAUUUAAAUUUACCGCAAGCUAAUAUUACGGGGAAGAUUAAUAAACCUAAUUAUUCUGAUCAGUGGAAACUCAGAACUAGACAACUGGACACAUACGCCGAGUCUUUGUUGUAUGUAAAUAGGAUAUACAAUAUGGCAUAUGGAUUUGAGCGUAAAAGAGUACCUGCCCAUAUGCCUCAUUUGAUAGAUAAAUGGAUCGUCGCUAAUAUGCAGACAAAAUUUGAAAACGAAUUCAAAAAAACAUCUAGUCACAAAGUUAGAAACUCGAAAGAUAUGCAAUUCGCGUUCUCGUAUUUUUAUUUUUUAAUGAGUGAGAAACGUAAAGUACCAAUUAAAGAAAUAUUUGAUACAUUUGACACGGACAAGUCAGGGACGUGGUCAGACAGAGAAAUUCGAACACUUUUGUCCAGAAUGUAUCCACUACCUCUUGACUAUAGCUUAGUUGUAGAAUUUGAGAAUAUAAUAACAAAUUGUUCAAAUCUUGCAGACAUCCCAGAAAUAUCAAAUCCCCCGCCUGGAGAAAGAUAUUUAGAUUCAUCUCUUCCAAUUGUAUCUAAAGAAUUGAUAGUUAAAUGUCCAUCAGUUGCAAACAAAAUUGAAGUUAAAUUUGGCGAAAAGAAACGUUACCCGCAUGAAAUAAUUAAGGCGGGAAAAAAUGAAAUAUUUGAAAUGUUGACCAGUAAUGUGUCUCUAACUGUGCAACUAUUGGACGAAAUUCGUAGAGAUCCGAAAAAAUUUAUAUGUUUAAACGAUGACAUGGAUCCUCUACGUCGUUCAGAAAAUGAAAUCGUGCGGGCAUUGUUAAAUGAUUUUUAUCGCUCACUGUACCCUCUACGUAGUACAUUCGAAUUGCCUAUGCAAUAUCGAAAUCUCUUCUCCCAUCGACACGAACUUCUCGAGUGGAGAGCCAAUCGUGCGAGAGCCAGAAAUUUAUUACUAUGUCUUAUUGCUUUAUUACUUGUUACAACUUUUUAUCACUUGUUUUAUCAUCAAAUACGACGAUUAUUUAGAAUAAGAGCACUGCCUACUCUUCUAGUUUAAGUUUUCUUGAUAAAAGAAACAGUGCAGUGUCUUACAAAAAAUUAAUUGAACAUCAAAUUUUAUACAAAAAAUAUUAUACACAACGUUUCCUUUCGAAUUUGUUAAUAUUUUUACAAAUAAUUUAUAUUUGUGAAAUUUACACGCUAUGCGAUUUCAAUCUGCGUGUCCAUCCUGCUUUUAAAAAUUGACAUCACUUGAUACAAUUAAAUAUUGCCGACAUUUUUAUAAAUUAUUUCUGUAAAAAGCAUGAAUAAUUGCCACAGAGCAAUAUUUUUUGUAAGAUUUGAUGUGAGAAAAUUUAAAUAAUAGAUUUUUAACAUGAUAUUUUAAAAUUAAGUGGAAUGUUCCUGUGAUAUUGACUAGGUACUGAUUUUUUUAAGAAAUGGAAGCAUAGAUCUGACAAAUUUUUCUAUAAAUUUAUUAUAUAAUGACAACUAGUGAUUGUAAAUUUUAAAUAAGAGGUUGAUCUUGUACAAUGAUAUUUAAUACUUAAUUUAAUACUAUUUUUCUCGAUGCAUAUUAAUAUGUCGUGCAGGACAAUUUAUUCGUUGAACAAAUAUUCAAGACUUAUUCUGUACCAAAUUUGUACUUAUUAAAAUGUUCUAGGUGUAGUCAAACGGGAGGUGUUAAUUCACUGAAUAUUUUUUUAAAUUUAACAUUUGUAUUUAAUUUCAUUGCAAAGUCAUGUAAAUAAUUUCUUCUAAACAAAGCUAUACUUUAUCUCUUGGAAAUGGAGAUUUGUCUAUAAAGGUGCAGUUAGGGAAUAAAACUAUUUGUAUGUGUGAAUUGCAUCGCUGCUCAGAAUAAUGUUAUCAUAAUAAUAUCGUGUAAAUCUGCUAAUCUUGUAAACAGUAUCGUAACUUUUAUAUUUGAGUAUUCUGUAUAUUGCUGUGUUAAUAUAAAAUAAAAGGACAAAUGAAAGUCCGAAAGAUUUUAAAUAAUUGAAUACAAUGAUACGAACAGUUUCUACAGAUAAUAUAUAUUUGUUGCAUAGUUUGUGAAACAACUUGAAAAAUUAUGAACCCUAUCAUGAGCUUGAACUUUGUUGUCUGUCUAAAGGAGGGCAGUUC